UUUAUUGCAAAUAUUCUAAAGAAUAAUAAUAUAUAAAAUAAUAAUGUCCAAAUAUGGUAUCACUUGUGAUUUUGAUUUUAAUUGAUUAACACGCAGGCGCCGUUGAAAUAGUUUCAUUCAAUGACAGCCAAUCAGCGAAAUUUCACAUCGACGAAGAAAGUAUAUUUUUUUGCUAAAAUUCAAACGCUAUGCUGCAUCAUCAAUUUUGGAUAACAAAAAAAACGGUGCAGCGUAAACUUGGCACCAAGGAAGAUGCACACAUUAUCUCAUCUGAUGCCGAUCUCGACGCAAAAAUUGAGGUGUACAAGUCGAUAGCAAGCACCAGCUUCGAAUUGGGAAAAAUCAUUGACCAGCUGCAAGAAAGAUUGUGCAUAUUGUCACAGGAAGAGUGUGUUUUCGGGCGAUUCCUUAAAGAAGCCGGAAAACGUAGCAAAACCACUGGCCAAAGCAUAACAAAUACGGGCAAAGCAGUGUCAUACAGUGGGCAACAGCGUAUGUGUGUGCGCGUGCCAUUGUUAAGACUGCAUCAUGAAGUGGAAGUAUUUCGCAGUAGAGCCGUUUGCGAUACACAGGCGACACUACAGAUAAUGGAGAAAGAACGCACUGAAUAUCGUGCUGCGCUUUCGUGGAUGAAGUCAGCCAGCACGGAAUUGGAUCCGGACACGGGUAAAGGUCUAGACAAGUUUCGCACAGCACAGACGCAUGUGCGCACGGCCAAGCGUAAUUUCGAUAGUCUCUCGAUGGAUUCCAUACAAAAAAUUGAUUUGCUGGCCGCAGCUAGAUGCAAUAUGUAUUCACACGCAUUGGUUUCAUACAUGAGCGAAUUAAAGGAGUUUGCACAAAAGACGUCCAGCACAUUCGAAACCAUAUCAAAGUCUUUACUGCAGAAACCCAAAUAUGAUUUUUGUGUGCUCAAGGAGUUGACACAAAACGAAGGCAGUGCCGAUGAGAACAAGAUUGAUGACAUCGUGGCAUUAGAUAAGGACCAAUCAUUGUUUUUUGAAAGUGAAUAUAGUGAUGAGAAGGAUAGUAAAAGUCAAACCCAAGCAAUUAACACUGAUAUAUUGGACACGGCUGCGACGAACGACAAUACGCUUAUUGAACUGACAGCAAAUGUUGGCGAUGAAGAGCUUUUAAUACCAACCGAACCAAAUGACAACAGUAACAUGGUUACACAACAAAGUAUUUGGGCUGGCCUAUGGCCACUUGGUCAAGCCUUAGGUCAUAGCAACAAUAAUAUCAAAUCAAAGACGAAUGAGAAAACUAUUUCGGAUAUAACGCAACAAAAUUUGAACACAAAUGAAAAUACAAUCGCCGAGUCUGUUUCCAAAACAACGAAGUCGACUAAUUGGAUGGAUCUUUUCGCAGAAUUAGAUCCUUUAGCUAAUCCAGAGGCAUUUGAUUUGAAGUUGAGUGGUGGUCGUUUGAAUGCGCAACAAAUUUAAGUUCAUUUAGAUACCACAUUUAAUACUAUUUUGCAUGAAAAUGUAAAUAUGAGAGUAUCUUUGUACAUUGUCACUAGAACGCAAUGACUUCAAAGAUUUUUUAGUGUAUUUUACUUUUUUAAAGAAUAUACAAUUUCUAGAUUAUGUAUAACUUUUGUCAAUAUUUUCAACUGCUUGUUUUUGUUGCAUUCAUUAGCUAUCACCGGAAAGUGUAUGUUCUAAUUUUAAAUUCUCUCAUUUUACAUUUAUAAUAUAUGUGUGUACAUUAAGUUUUAGAUAAUGCGCUAGAAGAAAUAGAUUCAAGUAAAUUUCAAAUUGUAUUGGCUGUCAGUAAGCAGUUAUAUUUUAUUGUAAGCGACAUUAACACAUCACAUUUAACUGGUGUUGCGUUGUCGCCAUUUAAAGUACAAGUAUAAUGCGCCAUUAAUCACAUUACUAUUUCUCUCUAUAUGAUUUAACGUGUGUUUAUUUGAAUUAUAUUACAUAAAAUCCAUUUAAAGGGACAAAUAAAUAAUCAUUAUUGUGUACAUAUGAUUUAA